GCACCUGGUCGCGCGCGGUCACGUCACGUACGCGCCCCCCUAGUGUUGUGAAUAGGAGAGCGGAUCAUUUUGUGUCUUAAAGUGACAGAGCCCGGAGCCUGGGUGGGGGCUGGAGGUGCCUGUACUGUACUACGUGCUGCCCCCGCUCCGGGGCUGGAUGGCGAGCGAGGAGCCGCCCGCGACCUCCUGUGAACCUGGCUUGCUGGGACUGGCACUGACUCCCCGGAACAUUAAACAGCUGUGAAGUUAGCCUUUGUUGGAAAAGCCCUGCUUGCCCCUUUGCCUUCCCGACAUCACAAAUGCGACCAUGGGAGCUGGCAGUGAAUAGGUGGCCUCCUUCUGCCUCCAUAAACCAGCGGAGGUUCUUUGGACCCUGCAGCACCCCAGCACACCUCAGGCGAAGUCCUCCAACAAGGCGUCAGUGGGGCAGGAGGGACAGACCUCAACAGGGCAUACUCAUUCAGGAUGAUAAUUCUUUUCGGGCUACUUUCUUUCCUGUAGAUGAACACAGAGUUUUUGCCCUCACCAGCACUCCACCACGAAUGCUCCACCCUGCUGCACACUCCACUCAGCAAACCCCAUUCAUGGUUGACCUUCAUGAGCAGGUACAUCAGGGACCUGUCCCUUUGUCAUACACUGUUACAACAGUAACCCAAGGCUUCCCUUUGCACACUGGGCAGCACAUCCCAGGGUGCAGCACCCAGCAGUUGCCAGCAUGUUCUGUCAUGUUCAGCGGACAACAUUACCCCCUCUGCUGCCUUCCUCCUCCGCUCAUCCCUGGGUGCACCGUGCAGCAGCUUCCUGUAUCGUACCAGCCAUUUCCUCCUCUUCUUUCCAGCGAUCAUUACAUUUUGCAUCCUCAUCCACCGCUGCCACCACACCAGCCACCCCAUAUGGCCUCUCUUACCCCAUUUGUUACCGUGCAACCACAGAGAAUGCCACUGCAAAGGAUAGACAAUGAGUUGGAUCUUCGAGGGGACCAACAUCACAUGGGCAACUUCCCAUUCCACCACUCUCACCCUGUGCCUACAUUGCCCCAUUCAGUGCCCAUGCAUUACCUCUCCCAUGAUGCACUCCACCAGGAGCUGUCCUUUCCAGUGCCAUACGCUCAUCUGAUGCCACGGCGACUAAAUACUCAGCGGUAUCGCCUACAGCAACCACUGCCGCCUCCCACACUGCCUCCUUCAUAUUAUCCUAGUUUCCUACCCUACUUCCUUUCCAUGCUUCCUGUAUCCCCCACUUCUGUGGGGCCAGCAAUCAGCCUGGAUUUGGAUGUGGAUGAUGUGGAAAUGGAGAACUAUGAGGCACUGCUUAACUUAGCUGAGCGAUUAGGAGAAGCAAAGCCGCGUGGCCUCACCAAAGCCAACAUAGAGCAGCUUCCAUCUUACCGCUUCAACCUUGAAAGCCACCAAUCUGAGCAAACCCUGUGUGUGGUGUGUUUUAGUGAUUUUGAAAGUCGGCAGCUACUCAGAGUGUUACCUUGUAACCAUGAGUUCCACGCAAAAUGUGUUGAUAAAUGGCUCAAGUCCAACCGCACAUGUCCCAUAUGCCGGGCUGAUGCCUCUGAGGUUCACAGAGAUGGAGAGUGAGGACAAGAACAUGCCCUCUUGCCUCCUGCCGGUGCACAAACCCAGAGGGAUCAACACAAAAUAAACCAGCCUCCUUGCCUGACUCGGAUGCUUCAGCUUCCCCCUCCACCUGCACUUGUCCUUACGGCUAGGACACAGCAGCUUUGAAUCUGGAGGUGGUGUCAAGAGUCACACAUUCCACUGUCUCCAUCCUAGUACCUCUACAGCCCAAUACUUCCCAACCAUGCCCCUUCAUUAUGUAUUGCCGUUGUGGGUAUUGGGAGGGAUUUUAGGUGUGAGAGAGAUGAAUUGGGUUGUAAUUGAGAGAAUAUUUCUCUCUCCUCUGAGAGUAGCUGAGGCUAACAGGACUGGGUCAUUGUGGCCAGUGCUAGCCCCCUAUGGGGACCUUGAGGCAUUACCAGGGGCUCCCUGUUUGCAAAAAUUAACUUCUGUCAACCCCUUAGUUGAGGGGAUUGUCACAGCUGCUUAUUUAAAUAUGUUUGCACUGAUGCCCUAGUGGGCAGUUUUUUAAUUUCUUUUAAUUAAUUGGACCAGAUUUUAUGCUUCUAUCAUUUGCUGUCAUUUGCUGCCAUCAGACCGAUCUGUGGUCAAAGGUUAAUGUAUAUUUAGUGUUAAUAUCUGUAUUAUUCAUCUUGCCUUUAAUCUUGCCUCCAAGGUUCCUCCACCUUCUGUGUCUCCAGCCAUCCAUUUCAGACCACCUGAAAGCAGUUGUGCUGGAAAACCUUAAAGGAAGGCCACUAGAAGUCCUUAACUCUUGGCACCCAAUGAAAAAUCAUAGCUUUUGCUCCCAGGAGGGAUACAGGGAACAAUUAUGUUUUUAACACCAGCUUUUUCUUGCCAUACCAGUCUGAUGGCCACGUGCCAUUUCAUAUGAAGCUUAACUUGCUGAAAUCUGUUUAUUUCUAUUUUCCUCUUUCCUAAACUGGCAACCUGUUGAGCAUAUGGGUUGCAUGGACCAGUCUGGAGGUGCAGGGGCCCUUUGGCCGUGUUCUCUCCGCCUGUUUAUUCUGGUAGCAGAAGCCCUGGUAAUGCCUCCUCAGUGUAUUUUGUUAGGCAGCUGGUCACACAAUUGCAGGCUGGUGUGUGAUUGCACUCUGUUGCACACCAAGCUGUGUUUUAGUGAGCGUGUUGCACUUGACACCCGCAUUUCACCCACCCGGGUCUCUGUGUUGACAGAAAUACAGAGGCACAUGGGCAAGCGGCUGCCUUAUUUACUGAUUUGUAUUUGUUUUAGUUCAAGUUUGCAUGAUAGAACAGCAGUGAAUUCAACACAAGAGCCAGCCAACCAUUUCUGAUCUGUGUGCGCGUUUCAACGGUCAGGCAGAAAGAGUUUGUCUUAAUGUUUCACAAUAUGCAUGUCUGAGCAGCUUGGAAUAUGGUAUCUGCUAACCCUUGGCCGUCUGUGGAGUGACGUGAAGGGGGGUGGGUGGGACUGGGACAAGCAUUAUAUAGGGGUAUGUAUCAUGCUGAGCUGAUUCCUGCUGUGCACUUGUUCGCAAGCAGAAGGCACCUGAACUGUUUGUUGGGAUUUGAAUGUCUUGUUGCCUGUAAAGGUCACACUCGGGCAGGGAUCAUGUGCGAUGGGGUGUUCCUAGACCAAAAGUAAAUUAGUCCACAAUACCAGCCCUCUAGUAAAUUAAAGCGUAAUAGCUGGAGGACAUAUUAUACGAUGUUAAUGGCCAAUUCUGCAUACAACUGGUUUCAUUAUGUUGAUGUAAUCCACCCCACAUCUAUAAAGAGAGAACCUCAUGCAAAUAGCCACUGCUGUAACCUGUAGUAAAUUGGGGUUGUAAUGCUAGACGUUUAAAGUUAUCACAGGCUGGUGAAUCAAUAACCUUUAAUACAGUGUUCUAUUAUCUGUCUGUGGAAUGGUGGUUUUGCAGUCCUCUUUAUUUUGGGGCUAGUAACCAGUGUUUUUGUCGUUUUAUUCAGACCCUUUACAAGUACUGCAGUAGUACAAUUUUUCUCUCUCUCAUAUUGUGAGCAUAGUGACAUAACCCCCUGGUAAACAGACAGACAUUAGAGGGUUGGCCACUGUUUGGCUGUAGAUGUCUUCCUCUCCACUGAUCACUUCACUGUUCUCACUGGCAAUUCUGGAAAUAAAUUGUGUGCGUAUAUACAUUAUAUAUUCUAUAAUUUAUAUUUGCAUACAUAUCAGAAUGUAUGUAUUGUAAGUGGCAAAUGACUUCAGCAGCUAGCAUAUAACAUGCAAAGCAUUGAUCUCUCAUCCAUUUUGCUUGUCCUUUCAUAGGUCAUGACCAAAUGUGGUUCAUAUGUUUUCUGGUCCGCCAAAUGAUACUGGCCACUUUUUGCCUUAUAUAAUGGCAGCACAUGAGGUUUCAAGCCAUAUGCUGGCAGUGAGAACAGUGGAGAAUACAGCUGUUCAUAUGCUGGAGCGUUAUUGUAUCUGCUAUUUUCUUUCCCCUCACAAUAGAUAAAACCCUUGUUCUGUAAACUGCCACAGUGGGGCUAGUGGAAGAAGGUAGCAGCGAUUAUAGCAGAGAAACUAGACUGAGCACUUGUUUUACAGCACACAAGUUACCAAAGGUCUUACUGUAUAUAUAUGAACUCUUCAACCUUCUCAGCAGACUCACACCAGACAACAGCAGCAUCUGCUGCCUAACUCCCAGAAACCCCUUACCUGCUGGAGAUGGCUUCUGUCAAGGUCCCCUCCAGCAGGAUAGGGAUUGUCCCAUCAUCUGCCCUCUCUGCUCCACUGUAUUGCAUACAUACAGUUCUUCCACUAAUCUCAGUAGGAACCCCACAACUAUAGUUCAAGUGCUGGUAAGCUCUAGUAAAGCACUUAGCACUUCAUUAUCAGUCUGCUUAAGUAAUACCUAUUGAUUUAGGAUGUCUGUGAUUGCUGCAUAGAUGCCACUUUUUUAAUCUCUAUAUAUAUGUUAUUUUAAACACCCCUAUGGUGGGAUAUAGUGGAUUGUUUACUGUAUCAUCCUAACCUCCUGGACCCCAUAAUCACACUGGGCUUGAUUGAUCUCAACUUUUCCCUCCCACUAACAUUCCCCCCCCAGAGAUGUGGCUUCCCUUACUCAGGGUCCCGGAGGUGUCUUCUGUGUUAGAUUUGUAUAUCUAUAUGUGUGCUUAUACAUAUAGAUAUAUCUCUAUAUAUAAACUUUUUAUUUUUGGCUUUUGGUACUUGCACAUUUACUGGUUACCUCAUUUCCCAUGUAUGUAUUUGAAAAAAAAAAUGCUAAUAUAUAGAAAUGGUUCUUGAAGCUAUCAAAGUGUGUUUCUUUUCCUCCGUUCCAUUGGAAUAAUAUUGGUUUGUAGCAUUUAACAUUACCUAGUAAUAUUGUAUUAUAUAUAUAUGUGUAUACUGAUUGAAAUUUUUAACAGAUUUGUACUUUUUUUAAAAUGAAAGUUGCUAGUUUUGCUUGACCUGGUAGUGCAAUCAUUUAUUUUUUUUAAUGUUGUGGCUGAAUUGAGAGGGUUCACUAAUAAAUGUACAAGGACAAAACUUGAGUUA